ACCGAAAUGGAUCUGACUUUAUAAACACGGCUUUUAGACAACCUCGUAAACGAAUACUUUUGAACACAACGCUAACGAAUCUUUUGUCAUUCCUGGAAUAGCUGGACCAUGAUUGCUAUUUUUCCCUGCUAACGCAUCGACAGAACCUGAAAAUCCUGCAGGUUUAUGAUCGCAGUAUGACUACUCUUACCAGACAGGACCUAAAUUUUGGCCAAGUGGUUGCCGACAUUCUUUGUGAGUUUUUGGAAGUGGCUAUUCAUCUCAUCCUCUACGUGAGAGAAGUGUAUCCUUCAGGGAUAUUUCAGAAGAGGAAGAAAUACAAUGUACCAGUACAGAUGUCAUGCCACCCCGAACUGAACCAGUACAUACAGGACACCCUGCAUUGUGUCAAACCUCUUAUUGAGAAGAACGAUGCAGAGAAAGUAGUGGUUGUCAUCAUGGACAAAGAACACCAUCCAGUGGAGAGAUUUGUGUUUGAAAUUUCCCAACCUCCUCUUCUUGCUAUCAGUUCUGAUACCUUGCUCUCCCACGUGGAACAGUUACUCAGAGCAGUCAUCCUAAAGAUCAGUGUGUGUGACGCAGUGCUGGACAACAACCCACCUGGGUGUACAUUCACAGUACUGGUGCACACCAGGGAGGCGGCCACCCGUAAUAUGGAAAAGAUUCAAGUCAUAAAGGAUUUUCCCUGGAUAGUCGCAGAUGAACAGGAGGUGCACAUGCGGGAGCCCAGGCUUAUACCCCUGAAAACAAUGACAUCUGACAUUGUAAAAAUGCAGCUGUAUGUAGAGGAGAGGGCUCAGAAGGCUUCUUGAAGCACACCUAAUUUCCCACCAUGCCUGCAUAUGCUCAUACAGGCGGACUUCAGCCUUGAGACUCAGCAAUUUGAUAUCUCAGAUACACGAGUUGACCCUUGGACCUGCAGCAGUAAUGUAUUUGCAAGAAGCAUAGUUUAUAUUCCGCAUCAGUGAAACUGAGUGCUAGCCUCCAGCAGACAUGGCAAUGAGAUAUGCCUGGGAAAUACAAGCUGAUUGGUUCAGAUCCAUGUAGACAUGAUGUGUGAGGUAUGCAUUUGAAAUAAUUACACGUUUGACCUCAUAACUUCAUACAUGCAUGUGCGCAGCUUAAUAAUCACAGAAAUGCCUUGCAAAAGAAUAUAAGUUUUAUAAGGGGUUUCUUGGAAAUAUUAAUGUCUUUUGUUGUCAGUCAUUAAUGUUGUAUAUAACAGUGCCCACACAUAGCUCAAAAGCCUCUGUUUACAUUUGGAAUAAUGAAAUGGACACUCCUGGCUAGGGAUCAACUCUGGUAAUUGUGAUUGUCACUCUGGCCCACGUGCUUUAAAGCUGUAACAUCAGCCAGUCUUAAUGUUAUCCAUACACUGAAAUGUGUCCAGCAAAACAUUAAACAAGUUGUGAAAAAGUAUCUUUUUGUCAUUGUUGUGCUGUUGUGCUGAGCUUUGGGUACCAAGUACUAAGGUUUUAAUACAAUGUUAAUGCAAACAAGCUGUUUGUCCUUUGACAUCUGUUUUUUUCUUGUAUGUAUUGCCUAAAAGAGAUUGCAUUGUCAUUUGGAAAGUUGAUGUGAAAGUAUGCACCUGACUUGCUGAUUAGCAUUUAGCAACAGACA